UAUAUUUGAAUGAUGUGAAUCCCUUGAAACUCUGAACACUUGUGCUGACUUCAAUUUUUGUGAUCGGAAAACUGGUUAGGCUAUGAUGGCAGACCUGCAGAAGCAAGAUGAUCAGACUGAGAAGCAGGAGUUGCCUGCCCCUUCUCUACCACCUGUCACUGAACACCAGAGGGAGGUGGCCAAUCAAGCGAUGCAGGAGUUUGACAAGGCACAGUAUGAACAGUGCAGCCAAACAAUAAACAAACUUUUGAGUCAAAGGUCAAAUGACCCCAAAGUGGUGCACAACAAAGCUGUGACAGAGUUUUACAGCUCAAAGUUUUGUAAAACAGCAGAGUUUCGACAAGCCUUGAGCAAAGUCUGUCAGUUGUCUCAUAUUCCAUCAGAAAAUGCUGAGAGUGUAGAGGAUGUGGACCAUGGUAUUAUUUACUACAAUCAGGCUGUGUUACUGUACAGGCUUCAUCAGUAUAGAGCGUCACUCACCAUCGUGGACAAGCUCUUCCAGUUCAUUGAACCUUUGGAAGAAAGCUUGGCCAAAAAGGUGAUGUUUCUGCUGGUAGAGUUGUAUCUUUGCACAAACCAGCCUGAGAAGGGCAUCGGAAUGCUAGCUUACAUGGAGAAAGCAUUAUUUAAUGGUGGUAAGUCAGGAGCAGCUGCUGGAGGAUCCUUGCUGGAAAAGGAAGGGAGUAAGGACAGUAAAGAGAACAGCCGAGAUAAAGGGGAUUCUCCAGAAGAUGUAGAUAUCAAUGAUGCAACAAAAAUUCGUAUUAGUCAAUAUAAAGCCAGGUGUUACUUGAUGGUGAAGUCAUUGAAGUCCUGUAAGAGAGAGAUCAAAUCCUUGGUGAAUGCUGUGUCAUCAUCAACAUCCUUCGGAUACCUGAGGAGCAAUUUUGAAUAUAUCCGCGGUAAUUUCCGGAAAGCCAACAAAAUCCUGGGCUCUACCCCUCAGACCCAGGAGUUGACAGCUAGUGGAGAGUCCCUGCCAGUUAUGUACUUCAACAAUCUCGGCUGUACACAUUUUCACAUGAGAAAACACCACUUGGGUGCCUUCUAUUUUCGCAAGGCCAUCAACAGCAAUGAGAACGUCAUUAAAGAAUCAACCAAGUCGGAGUCAGGGAAAGCAGCAUCAGGUCAGCUGACUUUGCUGCAGUGCACGAGUCGCCACCAUGAGCUGAUGUACAACAUAGGGAUCGAGUUGUUGCAUUGUGGGAAACCUGAGGCGGCAUUUGACUGUCUGAUUGAGGCUGUACAAAGAUUCCAGACCAACCCCAGGCUGUGGCUCAGAUUAGCCGAGUGUUGUAUCAUGGAGUACAGGGCGAACAAUGAAGAAGAUCGAUCCUUAGCCAAACGUCUAGAACCAGUAAAAGGAUCAGUAGGGAGUGGAAUUCACCGUAAGCUUAUCCUGGGAGCUGGAGUUGAAAAUUAUGUACCCAGGACCCAAUCAGCAGCGAUCCCAAUGGCUACCCUGGAGUUCGCUGCCCUGUGUCUGAGGAACGCCCUAGCUCUUUUGCCAGACGACCCAGCCACGGUUGUCCCAGUGUCUCCAGAUGAGCAGACUGAGGGGAGUAAAACUCCUGAGGUGGUUUUGGUGCCAGCUCCCCCUGCCAAUCCCAUGAGGCCGCCAGAAGUCGCCAACCUGAGGUGUUCUAUCUUGUGUGCAGCUUCCUACGUUUCACUAUGCCUUCAUGAUUUCAUCCUGGCCAUCAACUUGGCGGAGAACUUACUCAAACAACCACGCCUAUCAGGAGCUCAAAAGUACCUGGGUAACAUGUACAUUGCGGAAGCGCUGGUGUACGUGGACAGAAUCGCAGACGCUAUCCAGCACCUUAACGUGGAAAAUGUGAUGGACAUCAGCACGGUUCCUCCAGAGCACAAGUCAGAGCAAGAAAAACUGGAAAAGGAGAAGGGAUCUGACAAGGGUGAGAAGGAAGUGUCUGAGAAUGGAGAAUUCAAAGGAUUCUUCUAUCCAUGGACACCACGUGAUUUGUCUAAAGCCAAAGCUAUGAUGCAGUACAACCUUGCCACGGCCCACGCAAUACGAGGAGAGUAUGGCAAGUCGAUGGCCCACUUAGGGGAGAGUGCUAAAGUUGUUGGGACUCCCCUACCAGCUCAGAUGUACUUCCUCAGACUUUACCUGGAUCUGAUUGAAGGUAGAAGGAAGAUGGCCCAGGUGAUCAUAAAGGACUAUUUUGGUCACACAACACCCAACAGAGUGGAGCUGAAAGUGAGCAAAUCAGCACCAGGAGAGCCUCCAAGUCAGUGGCAAGCCCCAGCCAAAGGACCAGCCAGCCAAUAAAAGCUCUUCUUACAUACAAAUAUGUAACUAGGCUAAACAAACGACCAAUGAAAAUAUGUAUACAGGAUUUUGACAACUGCAGCGAUCAGCAGUGGCACAUUUAUUUUUGACAUUUCUUAAUACCCAGAACAUAUUCCGAUUCAUAGUCUGACCUGAUUCGAAUUCAUGAAACAGACAAAUACUACAGAUUCCACACUCAAACGUGGAAAGCUGUUUAUUUAAUAUCUGAGGAAGAAAUUCAUACUGUUCAUGGUAUAUAAAACAUUACCGAUGCAGGGAGUAAACAUUUUAGA